AUGUCAUCGUCACUCCUUCGACUCGGACAAGCUCUUCACGGAAACCUCGGGAGAUACGUUGCUGUGAAAGAACUCCAGGACACGACUUGCAAGCAUCUCGAUGACCAUCUCCUAAACGCAUCGAUCAAGCAAUCUCUCAACCGAAAGGAAAUUAAGUAUGUCUCUGGAUGCAUUCUAAAGGCAUUAAGUGUGCUUCAUGACAACGGAUACGUGCAUGCAGAUGUGAAACUUGACAACAUCUUUGUGAAUUACAAGGUGGGCAGCAGCCAUGAAAACCGAUUUGCAGACAUCAAGCGCAGCCGUGUAGACUCCGCGUUAGCAAGGGAGGGAACUCCCGUCGGUGCGCCUAUAUGGAGCAGCCCUGAAGUCAUCAUGCAGACACCCUGGAAUACAGCUACAGAUAUUUGGUCCCUCGGUGCGGUGCUAAUAUGCCUUAUUUAUGGCGGAGACUUCAACAUCUUUCGACCAGCAACCGUGUCGCACGACCAUGAGGAGUAUGGCCUAGAGGUUCUUAAGCAGCAGUUCCGUUACUUUGGUCCAUUCCCAGCAAAAUACCAAGAAAUAGCUGGCCCAAUGACUGUAACAGCCAUUUUGUAUCUUAUGCAGGAAAUCCCACGGUCUAAAACAACUCCCUUUCACCUCAUCACUGAGCGGGAGGUGAGUAAACCAGAUAAAGAGUUUAUUAGCAAGAUUAUGGAGAUGGACUGGAGAGACAGGCCGACGGUGAAGCAGCUGCUCAAGGAUAAAUGGUUUGAUGAUAGCGACAUAUAA